AUGCGUCAUUUGCGCAGUUCUGCAAGCUAUUCGCGCGAGCACAGAGUGUCUACUCGUUCGUGUUGCUUCUCUCAGCCCAGAGGUGUUGCUUCAAGGCACUUCGGGACUUGGUAUCCACAUUCUACAGUCAAUCGACUACCGCCCACCAGACAUGAUGUUCGACUGAUCACUUCAUUUACAAACGCUCCUGGUUUACUUGGAAAUCAGAUACCAUUACUAACUCAUCUAGCUGUUCGGCCACAACAUUUAAAUCGUAUCAGAUCUAAACGAGACCACUCUUUUACACGCUCUCGUUUCCUAAGCCGUAGAAAAAGAAACGUCCGAGCAUCAAAAAGCACUUUAAAUCCUAGUGAUCCCCUUAACUUACAAGACCUAAUGAAGGAGACAGAACGCCGUCGAGUGGAGGGUUUAUCACCGCUUCGUGGUGACUCACGCAUGAACACACCAGCAGUCAGUGUUGCUGGUGAUGUUGAUUGUGGCAGCCCUCAGAAUCAUGGUAUUCAAACUCCGAGCGCAUCGAAGGACUCAGAGUCGCCUCGUUUUAGCAGCCGAAUGUCAGAUUUCCUUUCUAAACGACAGCCUUACCGCCUAUUACGUAGACGUCCUUUGCGGGCCUCAAAGUGUCACACUGUUGGUCGCUGUAGCAGAGGAUUUAUUCCUGCAACAGGAAAUUAUUGUAAUUACUACAGGCGUCGCGAUCCAAAUGAUAGACUUCCUUAUUUGAUGCCCGAGUGGUUUGUAGGUAAAGAUGUAGCAGACUAUGGUUGUCACAACGGCACACUUACUUUUGGGGUGCUUGAAAAGUUUCCAGAAGUCAAGAAAAUAGACGCAUUUGAUUGUGAUGCUGAGUUGAUUGCCAACGCCCAAAGUAUGCAACGAGAGAAGCUGCGCUGGGAUAUAGAAUCUAAUGUCAAGUAUGAUAAAAUUAACUUCCAAGUUGCAAAUUGGAUUGAUGAAUCGGUUACCAAUGAUGAGCCUGAAUACGAUACAAUCAUGGCCUUCAGUGUUACCAAGUGGAUCCACCUUAAUCAUGGUGAUCCUGGUCUUAUGAGGUUCUUCAGACGUGCUUUUAACUGCCUUAAACCAGGUGGACACCUAAUUCUGGAGCCACAACCAAAAUCUUCAUACAAGAGAACUCGACUAACGGCUAAACACAGAUCCAUUUAUGAAUCCUUAAAAAUCAAUCCAUCAAAUCUUGAACCUUUACUAGUAGAUCUAGGGUUUUCCUAUUUCGAUACUAUCAAGGAUCCUAGACCAAAUGAACCAUUUCGGCGUAAAAUAAUUUUAUGUUCAAAGUCCUAUGGAGCCACUCCAGCAUCCAUUCGCAAUGAUCUUCGUUCGGAAGUACAUAAUUGGCAACUGUUUAACUCACCUCACAGCCCACAUGGUCGGGAACCUCCACCAGUAUGUUAUCUCCCACAGACACCAGUUUAUAAUGUAGGCACUCCAUACACUACAGGGAAUUCCCCUUCAAACAGACACCCAUGUGCUUCAAGUAGUGUUCUAAGUCCGACAGUCUUGCCUAGUGUUUCACCGCUUGUCACCGUUAUGGAUUCUGUGCCAACUACUUGUGAACCAGAUUCAACAUCUAAUUGUUAG